ACCCACAAACACAAAACCAUUUUCUAAAUAUAACAAUAUAUCUUUUCCUUUCCUCUUUAGGAAACCAAGUAGUUUUUCUUCUUCCUUUUGUGUUGUGAAAAUGGCUUCCAACGCUGAGCUCAAAAGGUCUGAUUCAGUUGCAGAAGCCAUGCCUGAUGCAUUGAGGGAGAGCCGCUAUUACAUGAAGAAAUGCUUUGCCAGGUUUGUGGCGGAGGGUAAAAGGCUAAUGAAAUACCAAGAAAUAAUGGAAGACAUGGAAAAAGCAAUAGAAGAUAAGGCUGAGAGGAACAAAGUUUUGGAAGGCUUGCUUGGUUUUAUUUUGAGUUCCACUAAAGAGGCGGUGGUGGUGCCACCAUAUGUUGGUUUUGCGAUAAGACCAAGUCCUGGUUACUGGGAAUAUGUUAAAGUGAAUGCUGAUGAUCUUCAAGUUGAGGCCAUUACUGUUUCAGAUUUCUUGAGACUUAAAGAUUUGAUCUUCGACGAGAACUGUCAAGGUGCUCGGAAAAUUAUGAAUUUUGGAUGCAGGGCAAAUGAUGAACAUGCUUUGGUGUUAGACUUUGGAGCCAUGGACUUCUCUAUACCACGCACCACCCUUCCUUCUUCUAUUGGAAAUGGAGUGACCUACAUCUCCAAGUUCAUGUCCUCAAGGCUAAGUGACAAGUCUGAUAGUGGAAAGCCUUUGCUUCACCACCUCAAAUCUCUUAAUUACAAAGGAGAGAAUCUUAUGAUCAAUGAGUGCCUGAACACAGCUGAAGAGCUUCAGAGUGCGCUGAUCGCUGCUGAAGCAUUUGUCUCCACCCUCCCAAAAGACACACCAUAUAAGAAAUUUGAACAAAGGCUCAAGAAAAUGGGGUUUGAGAAAGGAUGGGGGAAUACAGCAGAAAGAGUUAGAGAGACAAUGAAGACAUUUGCUGAUGUACUCCAAGCACCAGACCCAGCAAAGUUGGAGUCCAUCUUUAGCAGGCUUCCAGGCAUUUUCAACAUUGUAAUCUUCUCUCCUCAUGGCUACUUUGGCCAGUCAGAUGUCCUUGGAUUGCCCGAUACUGGUGGCCAGGUGGUUUACAUUCUUGAUCAAGUAAGAGCAUUGGAGGAAGAAUUGCUCCUAAGAAUAAAGCAGCAAGGCCUCAGCGUCAAGCCUCAUAUUCUAGUGGUGACAAGACUUAUACCAGAUGCUCGAGGAACGAAGUGCAACCUGGAGCUGGAGCCUAUUUUCGGCACUAAGCAUUCGCAAAUCCUUAGAGUUCCAUUCAGAACAGAGAAUGGAAUUCUUCGCCAAUGGGUUUCUCGCUUCGAUAUCUAUCCUUACCUUGAGAGAUUUACCCAGGAUGCCACUGCAAAGAUUAUUGAACACAUGGAAUGCAAACCGGACCUUGUAAUAGGGAACUACACAGAUGGAAAUUUGGUGGCAUCUUUGAUGGCUACCAAACUUGGAAUAACUCAGGGAACAAUUGCUCAUGCUCUAGAAAAGACCAAGUAUGAAGAUUCAGACGCCAAAUGGAAAGAAUUGGAUCCAAAGUACCAUUUUUCAUGUCAGUUCACAGCUGAUAUCAUCUCGAUGAAUGCAACAGAUUUCAUCAUAACAAGCACAUAUCAAGAAAUUGCAGGAAGCAAGGAUAGACCAGGACAAUAUGAAAGCCAUACAGCAUUUACCAUGCCGGGACUUUGUCGAGUAGUCUCAGGCAUCAAUGUGUUUGAACCAAAGUUCAACAUUGCUGCUCCUGGAGCUGACCAAUCUGUCUACUUUCCCUAUACAGAGAAAGAAAGGAGGUUUACAAGUUUUCAUCCUGCCAUUGAAGAAUUACUCUACAACAAGAAAGAUAACGAUGAGCACAUAGGGUAUUUGGAAGACAGGAAGAAACCGAUCAUCUUCUCAAUGGCACGACUAGAUACUGUGAAGAACAUUACAGGACUAACCGAGUGGUAUGGAAAGAACAAGAAGCUGAGAAGUUUGGUAAAUCUUGUGGUUGUAGCUGGAUUUUUUGAUCCAUCCAAAUCAAAAGAUAGAGAAGAAAUUGCAGAAAUAAAAAAGAUGCAUUCCCUGAUAGAGGAAUACGAACUUAAGGGCCAGUUCAGAUGGAUAGCAGCUCAAACUGAUAGAUAUCGAAAUGGAGAAUUGUACCGGUGUAUUGCAGAUACAAAAGGAGCUUUUGUGCAGCCUGCUCUCUAUGAGGCAUUUGGUCUAACAGUAAUUGAGGCGAUGAACUGUGGAUUGCCUACCUUCGCAACGAAUCAAGGAGGCCCUGCAGAAAUCAUUGUUGAUGGUGUUUCAGGCUUCCAGAUUGACCCCAGUAAUGGCUUGGAAGCAAGUAACAAGAUUGCUGGCUUCUUCGAAAAAUGCAAGACGGAUGCUGAACAUUGGAACAAGAUGUCAAAUGCAGGUCUUCAGCGAAUAAACGAAUGCUAUACAUGGAAAAUAUAUGCAAACAAAGUGUUGAACAUGGCAUCCUCUUAUAGAUUUUGGAGGCAUCUAUACAAGGAUCAGAAGCUAGCUAAGCAAAGAUAUAUUCAGAUGUUUUACAGUCUCCAAUUUAGGAAUUUGGUGAAGAAUGUUCCAAUCCCCUCUGAGGAACCACAACAGCCAACAGCAGCACCAUUAAUAACACCUGCACCCCAGAAAGCCAAACCUGCAGUGGUUUCUAAACCCCCAAUGGUCUCUAAACCCCCAGAAGCAGCAAAACCACCAACAAUUGAACCAAUGACAAUAAAAAAGGGUGAAGAUUCACAGAGGAAGCAGCUUGCGACCCCACAAGGCAAUACCGCAUUUACUUUAUUGUGCUUUCUUGUUGGUUCUUUCUUCAUCAUAUAUUACGUGGUUAACAAGUUGUAUAAAAGCGAAUGAAAUGUGAAUUUGUUGCUUCUGUACAAUGAGUAGAGAUGUCUACGUUUAUGCUGAAGGAAUAAACGAAUGUAAUAUCAUAUACUAAAGGAAUUCUCUAUAUGUAUGAGCAAAACAAAAAGAAAACUGAAGUAGAUUUGAAAAUGUUCGUAUUAUUUUUGGCAUUCUCAAAAUAAUCUUAAUUGCUUUCAGAUAUAUGUUCAUAUCUAAAUCUUCAAUAUAUGAUAAUC